AUGGAGAUCAACCCAGCAGUGACAUUCAAGCAUGGCCGAAAACUCAUGUUCGCCAAACGACCCAAGGUACUCAUCGUCGGAGCCGGACUGGGUGGUCUUACCCUCGGAGCCAUCCUGCAAAAGUCAGACAUCCCCUACGAGAUCUUUGAACGAGCCCCUCAGGUCAAGCCUCUUGGUUCGGCGAUGGCAUUUGGAGCGGCGACAGCUCCAAUGUUCAAGCAGCUCGGGAUCUAUGACGAGUUCGUUGCGCUGGCCAAGUUCAACGACUCCAUUCACUUCUCCAACGAAAAGCGACAGACGGUGUACAAAAUGGAGUUCCCUAACUUUCCUGACGAGAGUUUCUCAAGCAAGUUGUUCGGAGCAGACGGAUUCAUCGUCGCUCGCCCUUUGUUGUACGACCUGAUGCUUCGACAGGUGCCCACGGAUCGUAUCCACAUGAACAAAAAAGUUCUUUCGACUAAACAAGGCGGGAACGGGAUUAUACUUCGAUGCAGCGACGGGACAGAAUAUGAGGGUGAUAUCCUGGUCGGUGCUGACGGUGCAUACAGUGCCGUGCGACAAAACCUGUAUGCGGAACUGAAAAAGGCAGAUAGGUUGCCUGCGGACGAUGCUUUGCCAUUGCCCUUCAGUACUGUCUGUCUGGUUGGACAGACGAGAUGUUUGACUGCUGAAGAGUUCCCAGAUAUCGCCAAGGAGAACUGUCAGUUCAUUAACACCCUUGGUGGCGACAGACCUUACUCGUGGUCGACGUUUACAACAAGACAAAACACUGUAUGUUGGGGUGUUGUGCUUUACCUCGAUAAAUCAUCGUCGAAACUACACGAUUCCUUCCGCAACUCUGAGUGGGGACCGGAGGCAGCCUCUGCGAUGUGCGAGCAGGUCAAGGAUUUUCCUGUUGUCAGUGGAGGCGUCAAGAAGCUGACGUUUCAGGACUUGAUCAAUUGGACACCUAAAGAGCUGAUUUCUAAAGUUAUGCUCGAGGAGAAGGUUUUCGAGACCUGGUACGAUUGCCGUACUGUCUUGCUUGGUGAUGCAUGCCAUAAGUUCAACCCUGCAGGAGGCGCUGGUGCGAUCAACGCUAUGCACGAUGCCAUCACCUUGGGUAACUACAUCAACGCAUUGCCCCAUCACCCAACAGCAGAGGAAAUCACGGAAGCGUUCAAGGCCUAUCGCGAGGAGCGCAUCCCUUGGGUCCAAGAGGCAUUCGACACAAGCAAAAUCUUUCGCGUCAUGGCAUCCAAGACAAUUUUGGGCAAGAUCAUCCGGUUUUGCGCGAAGUAUAUGCCUGCUUCAAUGCAGAAAAAGUCGGCGAUUCGAAUGAACGCUAACCGGCCACAGAUUGCAUUCCUCCCCAAGGCUGAGGACAAGGGACUGGAGAGACCUGCUCCUCAAACAAGUUUGAGCGCUAUGACCCCAGCUGAUGAACAGGAGGAUGUAACGCCUGCGCAGGCUGUUUAG